AUGCACCGGACAGGGUUCGGUGAACUGUCCAUGUCUCAAAUCGGAUAUGAAUUUGGGAUGCGGUCAAUAACAUACCGGAAGCUUGCCAAUGCCGUCAAUGGGAUAACAAAAUGGAUCAUCGAAAAUUUGGGCCCGUGUCUAGACUUCGAGACCAUUUCAUACAUCGGGCCUAACGAUAUGGGCCAUAGUAUUAUCACUCUAGCUGCAAUCAAUGCCGGGUAUAAGUGCUUGCUUACAUCCCAUCUCUAUGGCAUUGUCGGGCAAGUCCGCCUUAUGAAGAAAACUGGAUGCAAGAAUCUCUUCGUCUCAUCCUUGUCAGACACCGAUGUGCCAAAUGUCCUUGUCGCCGAGCAUGGGUAUCUAUGCUUAUGGACUCUUCCGCCUAUCAUUGACCUCGUUGAUAAUGAACAAGACUUCCCGUAUACCAAGAGCUUUGAGGAGGGUAAAAAUGACCCUAUGCCUGUGUUCUUCAUACUUCUUGCACGACAGGCUUUCCUAGACCAAUUAUUUACUCUUUUGAGUGGGGAGUAG